AAAUUUUUAUGAACCUUCCAAACAUUUCAUAAAAUAAGUAAAUUGUAAGUGCCGGAUAUAAUGAGUGUUAGUCCUAGUACAGUGAAUCUUCCUGGAACGAACAGUACCACCAUAACCCAAACAGUGGAAGACAAUGGACAAUCAAGAUUCCUUCAUCAUAAACAAUUCUCAACCUACACUGAAUCAUCGCCAUUGUCAAAUAUUCGAGUUUUAGAUUUGACAAGAAUUAUUGCUGGACCUUAUUGUACACAAAUUCUAUCAGAUCUCGGUGCUGAUGUUAUCAAAGUCGAAAAACCUGUAACUGGUGAUGAGUCAAGACGAUGGGGUCCACCAUUCCUACAGAAUUCAACUGAUUCAGUUUAUUUUCUUGCUUGUAAUCGUAAUAAACGUUCAGUUUGCAUUGAUCUUAAAAGUGGCCUUGAUGUCGUUUAUGACCUUGCAAAGACGUGCGAUGUUCUUAUCGAAAACUACGUUCCAGGGAAAUUAGAUAAGCUUGGAUUGGGUUAUAAUGAUUUAAAAAAGAUUGCACCAUCGCUCAUCUAUUGCUCAAUUACUGGAUUUGGUUCUCAAGGGCCAUAUAAGAAUCGAGCUGGUUACGAUGUCAUUGCAGCAUCAAUGGGUGGACUUUUACAUAUCACUGGCGAGAAAAAAGCACCGUCAAAAGUCGGUGUAGCUAUGACUGACAUUGCAACAGGUUUAUACGCACAUGGAGCAAUUCUAGCAGCUUUACUACAACGACAAAAAUCAGGUCAAGGACAAAAAAUUGACGUAGAUUUACUUUCAACACAAAUCUCGUGUUUAAUCAAUGUCGGCGUCAACUAUUUGAAUGCUAAUGAAGAAGCGUCACGCUGGGGUACUGAACAUGUAUCAAUUGUUCCUUAUGCCGCAUUCAAAACAAAAGACGGUUUCUUUACAAUUGGUGCUGGUUCUGAUGAUCAAUUUAAGGAACUUUGUAGAAUACUUGAUGUCUCAAAACUUUCUGAAAAUCCAAAAUUCGUUAACAACCAACAACGGGUGAAGCAUCGCGAAGAGCUUAAAACCAUUCUCAGUGAAAUAUUUGAACGAGAAACUAACGAAUAUUGGAAUUCAAAGUUUGAGAAAGUCGCAUUUCCUUAUGGGCCAAUCAACAACAUGCAGCAAGUGUUUAACGACCGUCAUGUUAAAGAAAUUGGAUUAGUUAAGACUUUGAAGCAUUCCAUUGCUGGUGAUGUGAAAGUUGUAGGCUCGCCUGUUGUUUACAGUGACAUCUCAACUGAACCUCGUUCAGCUCCACCUUCAUUAGGUCAACACACUGAUGAAGUUCUUAAAAAUUCACCACCAACGCUCAGAUUACGUCUUCACAAACCCAAAGCUGAGAAGAAAGUCCAAUGGACAGAAACAACAGUAGAUAAUGAAGGACUUAAUAAGAAGAAAUCGAAAUGUUGUUGCAUUUAUGUAAAGCCAAAAGAAUUCGGUGAGAGCUCGUCAGAGUCAGAAGAUGAUUGUGAAAAUUGUUAUGGACAUGUGGAGAUGAAGAAACACUCACAUGAGCCAACUGACCCGCCAACAAACGAUCCAAAUGAUUCUGAAAAGGCUGAAAGUCCAACAUAAGUUUAAGUUAAUUAUUUCUUCUCGAUUAAAUAUCAUAAAUAAAUAAAUUAUUAUGUAAUUUUAAGAAUGUAUGUGCAACAAUAUUUUGACAGCUUUGAAGUGCAAAAAUAAUAUAAAUUUGUAUAAUUAGAAUAAGAGAAGUUCAUAAAAAAGAUUGAUGAUUCUCUACUCUACCAUUACACCCACGCACUUAAACAUUUACUGCUUUCAAUGUAGAUAAAAAAUUAUAUCAUCAUUACAAGUUAUUUUAAUAAACUCAGAAAUCAUUUAAAAAUUGAAA